CUCGCACAGUGUAGACAUACACGCGGAGCUCUUCUGAUUUUCAGUGACUUCAACGAUAGUAAAAUUUGAAAAGUUCCCAACAUUGAAAAUAUUUAGAACUCAAUCCUGAAUAUCAAACCGAACCAUAUUUGAGUUUACAAUGGAAGGAUAAUCUUCUCAGUGAGCAUAUGGAAUAUAAACAAGGACGGUCAACAUGAUCCUUCUCCUCCUCAUCAUCUCUACAGUCUUCGCUAGCAAACAGUUCUCUCUUCCGGAAGGAUCUGGACCUGACGGGACGAAGUUGAUAACUCUGUAUCAAUGUGAAGGAGAAGAGGUUCGGUUAUCAUGCUCAGCUGGGACUAUAUCUAUAGUUAGAGCUAACUUUGGCAGGUUUUCUAUUGCGGUGUGUAACCAGCAUGGGAAUACAAACUGGACUACGGACUGUGCUUCACCUACUGCAGCUCACACUAUUAAGAAAAUGUGUGAGAAGCUUCAGACCUGCGUGGUAUCCGUCCGACCUGAUACAUUGGGAGACGCGUGUCCCAGUACUCCAAAGUACCUGGAGGUUCACUACUUCUGUAAGGUUGAAACAAAUCCAUCCUCCCCCCGACACUCUCCACACUUCCCCGACACGGAGCUAACAGCACUCUGGGAUCAACAGAACAGUCAUAAAGUAAAUAUUGACUCAGUGUUGAGAGCUAUGAAGGAGAGAGAGAAUGAUAUCUCAACCCAGAGAGUUCCAAUAACAACAGAACCGGAGAGCCCAAAACCAAGCCCCAAAAUACAAUCAGCCCUGAGUGAUGUUAACGAGACAAACUACCCUGUCCAACUAGAAACAGAAGUAUAUUCACGGGAUGAAUCUUUCAACGAUCAAUCAUCCACCCUAGAUACGCAGACAACGAUUGAAACCGCUCCCCUUCCAGAGAUGAAGGAACGGUUUGAGGUUGAGAAUGCUUCUUUAGGAUGGUUGGAGGAGGAGGAGGAGGACCCUGAGAAGCCUCCGGAGGAGACCUCGAACACUAUGUUUGUCCUUGAGGUUGUCACCUAUGCUGUGGCUGCAAUCUGUGGCAUUAUUCUUAUCUUCCUGAUUGCAAAGUUUUUAUUUCAGUUUCGGAGAACCGGUGUUCCUCCGUCCUGCUCCUGCUGGCGAGUCAAGGAGUCGGGUUCAGGAUACUCCGACUCCAGCUCCGGGUCCUGUUUAAAUAGCUUACCGGUGGAACACUGCAAAAUGCCUGGAGCUGGAGAUUCCAUCUCACCUCAUACAAUUGGAACUAUUAAUCAUUGUAUGGAGCUAGAACCUAGUCGACAUAUCUCCGGAGCUCGGUACAGCGUCUCUUCCAUUGGAAACAAUUCCGAACUAGGUUCUAACGUCAGCUCACCACUUGAUAGAGUUCGACACCUUCAAUACGGAGAGAGAUCGAACGUGAGUCCAUACCCUGACUGUUCUACUCCAGUCCCGGGUCGGAUAUUGACAAGUUCCCCGCUCCAGCAGCAUACAGGAGUAUACGGAGUUGAUGCAUAUCAGGACAUGGGACAAAUAGGGAGUAAUAUCUUCCCGUCCUGUCAUCAGCAUUAUCCUUCCAGUCCAUAUCUUACAGUUAUGAAGUCCCAGUGUGUUGGCUGUCUCCAGGAGGGGGUUCAGGUUCAAGAUAUUCAAGAUUAUCAUCAGUUCAGCCAGGAUCCAUACCUUCUCACAAGGUCUGUGGACAGUCAGAGAAAAUGCAUGAGAAGUGAACCCAGUGGAUCUAUUGUCAUGGGUUCAGAUGUCUAGUAUCCGAGGAACAUGUGAGAAAUGUACGCCUGACCCAAUCUACUAAGGUUCAGAUUAGGGAUUAAUGGAACAAUUGCACUAAAGGACCUGACCUAUAUCCUGUAGCUGGGAUUGGCGCAUUUUUUGCACCAGGCUCGAUUUCAUUUCCGCAAUCUUAUUUGCGAUUAGUUUAAUCGCUAAUUAUUGUCAAUAUCUACGGCUGUGAUCUUAGUUUAUUACAUAGUUAUAGUUCCAAAGAAAAUAAAUAUA